UCUGAACAAAACCACAGCCUGCGGUGCUGUUCUUCCCUAUUUAAGAAACUCCACGCCCUCCCCUAUAUUUCCCGUGCUGUGCAGGUAUAUUGAACACAUCUUCACAGCCUUGAAAUGCUCCUGGGUAGGAAAAGGCCAGAUCAACCUGAAAGGUUCGGAUGCUAAUCCCCAGCUCGGAUACCCAUUAGGAAGCUGCCAACACUUUGUAAGGCAGUAUGUCUUUGUUAUGGACCACUCUCCUGCUUUUCUACUUAUUUCUCUUCUGUACAAAUUGUUACAAGCUUCCAUUUUGGGAACACUCACAGCUGUCCACUUUUAACCCUGAAUCCUUAGAGGACCCAAAACGUGAUUUGCUUGCUGAUCCAAAACAGAGGGUCGACUCAGAAUGGGGCACACAGGAACAAUUGGAAGAGUUAUCAUCUAGGCUGCUCCGUGUGCAAAGGGAUAUUUUCCUCAAUAACAGUAAAAAAGCCCCAGAUGCUGUUACAGCUAGUGAAGAGUCAACACCAGAAGCUCUUUCAGAUUCCACCCCACAUGUGACCCAAAACUCUAUCACUCUACAGCGCAUGACACCAUCUCACGAGCAUACUCCAAGCAUUGAGUUGCAGACUGAGAGCGAAUCUACUACUUUGUAUUCACAUAAGCCUCACUUUUCCUUAAGCACCAAGCCCAGUCCACAUCUAACAGAAGAUGAAACCACUCCUUUGUCUCAUACGGAUCAAACAGACUCAUUGGAAUUAGACACACACAAAUCUAAAAAUUCUUCAGAACCUCUGUCAACUGUCAACAAGUCCAUUGUGUCUACAGAAGGCCCCACUCUUCAGGAAAGUACAAUGAUUGAGCAAGUCUUAUCAACCAACAGUGCCCACACUCAAAACACAGGAAAUAGCACUGGCAACCUGAUUGAUGAUACAACAUCUUAUACACCUUCCAAAACCUCAGGAAGUACACUUUCAGAAGAUACAAUAACUCCCAAGAAUCCAUUACAUGGCACCACUGGAUUGAUAUCAGAGCCCAUAAGUUCACUAACAACUACAAAAGAGGUGGCACACACAAGUUCAUUUGCAGAGCAAGUACCACCGCUGAACUCCCUCAUGAAACAAUGUAUGUUGGCUAUCAUGAUUCUGGCUGUGAUUUGCACCAUUUUUAUUAUAUGUACCAUUGCAUUGGCUGCCAAACUUUCUACUCUGAGGAGUAGGAAUAAAAACACGCAGCUAGGAGUCAGCUAUACAGAAAUGAGAUGCAUAUCAUCCCUCCUGCCAGAGAACAACCAGAACAACAAAGCGAGUCAGAAGAUGAAGACAUUUACCUCCAAUGUGGAGGAUAGUGAUGGUGAUGAUAACACCACCCUCAAUAGCUUUCUGGAGCACUAGGUAAAAGAUACCGUCACAUACACUGUGGCCAAACAAUCAAUGAGACAGCAACAUGCUUAUCCUCAGUGCACAUGAGGGUCUUGUUAUUUUAUAAAUGAGGUCUAUACAUAUUAUUGAAGAUGUACAUAUAAAAUGCAAAUGGUGCAUAUAA